AAGUAAUGAAAGUAACUGGAACCCCACCUGGCUGUCACAGAGCAGGGGGCCUUAGUUUUUUCAUGGUGGCAAAAACUGGUGCAGCGCGGGUCCUUUCGUUUCAGCUUUUUGGGCAAAGUGAAGUCCUGAACCAAAACCAGUGGUAAGAAAAGAGAGGGAAAAGAAGUCAAGAUUAAAUCUCCCCAAUGAAGGAGGCAACAAGCACAAUAGGGAAAGCAAAAUCCAGUCCACAAUUACUGCUGUUUCCACAAUCCACUUAAACUUGCGAGAGCGAGCUGUUGUGUGAAAGGUGCGGUGUUUUUCCUUCUUCUGCUUCAGGAAACCCACAUGGGUUCUCUUCCUCAGUGAUGGAGAGACUCAACAAUGUUUCCAUUAAUAUUUAAUAAGCGGAGUGGAGAUACGUGGGUAGGAAAGUGGCUGCAACAAAAAAGACUCCAUUGUUGAGGGCGAGCUUGAGUAGGUUGCUUGGGUUUUGAAGGUUUGGUGGAGCCAUGGCUUCUGGGCUUUUUAGCCAGGAUGGGUUGGGACAGCAGAAUGUCAACAAGCAGCUUGCACUUGCUGUGAGGAGUAUCCAGUGGAGCUAUGCAGUUUUCUGGUCCAUGUCAACUGAACAGCCUGGGGUGUUAGAUUGGGGAGAUGGGUACUACAAUGGAGAUAUCAAGACGAGGAAAACCGUUCAGACAAUGGAGAUUGAAGCGGAUGAGUUAGGAUUACAGAGAAGCGAGCAACUCAGGGAGCUUUACGAUUCUCUGUCGGACGGUGAGGCCAAUCUGCAAUCCAGGAGACCCUCAGCUGCAUUGUCGCCGGAAGAUUUGACUGAUACUGAGUGGUACUAUCUGGUCUGCAUGUCUUUCCUGUUCAAUAUUGGCCAAGGUUUGCCAGGGAGAUCAUUGGCUAAUAGCCAGCAGAUUUGGCUCUGCAAUGCUCAUUGUGCUGAUAGCAAAGUCUUCACCCGCUCUCUCCUAGCAAAGAGUGCAUCCAUUCAGACUGUUGUGUGCUUCCCCGUCUUAAGAGGUGUCUUGGAGAUAGGCUCAACUGAGAAAAUUUCGGAAGACUACAGGCUGAUUCAGCACAUCAGAAGCUUGUUCUUGGACAACCCAGACCCCCUAACUUCAGAAAAGUGGAUAACAGAAUAUCACGAUGAAGAACUCGAUGAGAUUCUAUUGGAAGCCAGGCUAGUUGUUCCAGGAGUCAACAGUGCAGAGUUGGAGAUGGCAGCGGCUGCUGCUUCUCACAAUGACAGCUCAAACGAUGAAGCUGAGGAGGAUUCAUUCAUCCUCGAAGGGAUAGAUGGUGGGAGUGGUGGUGGUGGAGCAGUAGCUGAAGCUUCACAAGUGGAAAGUUGGCUGUUGGUGGAUGAUGAUGAUGCUGAUGCUGAUGCUGAUGCUGAUCUCAGCCCUCCUGGUCUCAACCAUUCCUUGAACUCAAGCGAAUCCAUAUCCCAAACCAUCGCAGACCCUGAGAACUUCGCCGCUUUCCCUCCAAGUGAUGAAACUGUCUACAACACUGAUUUCUUACAAGAAUCUGAGGCCUUCAAACAUGUGAAAAUGGAUGCACCAGGCCUUCCAAGCAAUGAUUUUCAUUAUCACAGUGUUCUCUCGUCAGUACUCAAAACCUCUCACCCACUGAUUCUCGGACCGCAUCUCCGGAACUCUCAUCAGGCAUCCAGCUUCCUCCGCUGGAAGAAGGCGGGAUCCAUGCAUCAGCAGCACUCUCAGAAUGUGAAGUGUGGGAUACAGCAGAAAAUGUUGAAGAAGAUUCUGUUUGAUUUCCCACAGAAGCACAUCUAUGGCUAUUCACCAGAAAAUGGGAUUAUAGAUGGGGAUUUGAUAUCGGAAGCUGACGAAGUCAGCAUGAAUCAAAUGUUAUCAGAAAGGAAACAGAGAGAAGUACUUGAUGAAAGGCUCAUGAUUCUCAAGUCAAUGUUUCCUUCGGUCAACAAGGUUGAUAGAGUAUCCAUACUAGAUGAGACGAUAAAGUACCUUCACGAACUUGAAAGAAGAGUCGGGCAACUGGAAACACAGCAACGGCAAAUGGAACCAGAGGUAACAAGAACAGAGAGGAAAACCAACCAAAGAACUUCGUCAGAGAAAACAUCUGAUAAUUAUGGGAGCACGAAAAGAAAUGGCAGUGCCAGAAGGACAGUUGGGAGCAAGAGGAAAGCAACUGAGACCAAUGAAAUGAGGCCGAAGAUCAAGUCCAAUAUUGCAUCUAAAGUUGAUAGUGUGAGUGUCAGCAUGAACAUGAAAGGGCCUGUGAUCAAGGUCCAUUGUCCAUGGAGAGAAGGGAUAUUGCUUCAGAUCAUGGAUGAGUUAACCUGUCUUCAUGUAGAUUCUCACUCAGUUCAAUCAUCUACUACCGAUGGAAUUCUUUCCUUAACCAUUGAAACUGAGCACAAAAGAGUUACUGGUGGAGCACCAACAGCAUCAGCAGGAGCAAUCAAAAGGGCCCUUGAAAGAGUUGCUAUGGGGAAGAAGGACAACCUCUAAUGAUUUACUUGUUGUAGAUGGUGUUUAACUAGGUAGGUCAGUUCUACUCAACCUUGAUUUUAAGUUGCUAGUAAAAAGUAAAAACUCAAUUCUUUUGCACCUGUUUUUGUUGUCCAUCCUGUCCAUGGCUUCCCGGUUCAAGUCUAAUGGAAAUGCAUAGUAUUAUUGGUUUCUUCUGCCAACUUCAGAUUCUGCAUGUGAAAAGAAAAGCUUACAAGAUUC